AUGUCAGGGUCCAAGUACGGCGCUUCUUCUUCUAGACACCAGCAGUCAUCGUACAGCAUGUCUUCCAACACUGGAGGGCGCACAUCGAGCAGCUCAUCCAGUCAGACACGCUACACCUCCUACGCUUCAUCGUCCAGCCCCUCGGACAGAUUCUACGCCACCGGGCAGCCUACAGGCAGAUCAUCUCAGUCAAUGGCCGGCCAGAUGGCUGCGUGGGACCGACAGUGGAGCAGUGCCAGCAGUGGUGGUCGUCGUUGA